AUGGCUGAUGCGGAAGGAAGCUCGAGAGCUUCGGUCCGUCAGGCGUUGGUUGAUCUGUCUGUCAAGUAUCAGUUUGCGGCAGAUAAUGCGGCGAGUGAUUGGCAAGACGAGGAAAGAGAGCCGACGGAGGAUGACCGAACGAGGAAAAUCGAAGUGUUCGAUAAGCUGCACUCCAGCCUCCUACCAUCCAUCAAGCACCAUCUCAGUUGUCUCGUAACUUCCCUCGAUCUGGAACACCGUCCGAGCAAUCAUCCUACUCCCAAUCUCGGCUUGACUUUGGAGACCUUAUCAAGCUUGGAUCACACCUUGGACCAAAUUAUCGUCGACUUUGGUCACCUCCAUGUACCCCUACCACCUGUUGCCCACGAUCAUCCCUUGGAUCGAUGCAAACGAUUUAGAUCUGACCAACUGAUCAGCAACAUCUCCGACCUGAUUCAAGACCCCAUCCGUUCUACAUUCUUAUAUUGCUCCGAUUUCAUUCAAUUAUGGGAGCUCUCAACCGAUCAACCAGAGAGCAUUGGGCUUCAGACGAGCGUAUCCUAUUCGGCAGAAACUGUGCUUGAUGGAAUAACAGAAGCGACUAACUUGGUCAAUAAGAUCCUCCGAUUCUCUCAGCUAUCUGACUUGGAUAUCCUUCAAGAACAGUGGCAAGAGAAAGCCGAAUCACUCGAUGGCAUACUCGAAGGUCUCACCGAACUCACCAAUUCCGCAAUCGGCCAUCGGAGACCAUUAAGUGCUGUCAGAAAAAGUAUGCUCAAUGAGACUCGAUUGGACAUCACGCUCGUCAAGUUACUAAGAACUCUAUACGAUAAAGUAUCCAAACCGACGAUCAAAAAACUAGCGUUCAAAUUGGAUCCUGAUGUCGAUUCGGAGAGCUUAUCGAUCAUGCACACAGCUCCAGAGACGACGGAUGGCUCCCUUCUUAUUCACCUGCACUUUUUGCUCGAGAAUUUCAAGAACGAUCAAUCGAAUGGAGAAACAGCCGAUAGAAAGAUUUCAAAGAGCCGGAUCUCAAGGCGGGCCGAAUCGAUGUUACUCCCCAUAGGUCUAUAUCUGAUCCCUCUGCCUUCAUCAGUCGACCAUCAUUCUUCACCCGCACGUGACUUCAAGGCUUGGCUAAUCAUGUGGCAAACACUUUGGCACACCGCGAUCAAUCGCUACUAG